AUGCAGGCCCCUAACAAAACAACGCGAUUAGAGACGAUGGACAUGGAGGUCCAUCCACUCGAUCAAGAUGUGCCGCCCACGCAGAAAGGAACCGUCUUGGACGACCAUGACAUGCAGCGCAUGGGAAAGAUCCAGGAGCUCAAGCGAAAUAUGCGACCAGUGGCUGCCUUGAGUUUUGCUUCGAUUUUACAGGCAACGUGGGAGUUCAUUCUGAUCUCGAAUGACCAAGGAUUGGAAAAUGGCGGCUUACCGGGCAUGUUCUGGUCGUUUAUCUGGACCUUUAUCGGGUUCGGGUUUAUUAUUGCCUCUCUCUCGGAAAUGGCAUCGAUGGCACCAACCUCCGGCGGACAAUAUCACUGGGUGUCUGAGUUUUCCUCCCCGCGACAUCAGAAAUUCCUCAGUUAUAUCACGGGUUGGAUGUCGGUAUUGGCCUGGCAGGCUGGAGCCGCAUCAGGAUCCUUCCUGACCGGAACUAUCAUCCAGGGCUUGAUCAGUGUGCGGAAUCCGGACUAUGAACCUCAAAACUGGCAGGGGACUCUGUUUGUGUUUGCGAUGGUAUUGGUGAUUUACAUCGCCAACGUUUAUGCUUCUGAUUUGAUGCCGAUUCUGAGUAAUCUGCUCAUGAUUCUUCAUGUCCUAUCCUGGGCAGUGGUGUUGAUAGUGCUGUGGGCGUUGGCGCCUCAUCAAUCUGCCAAGGCCGUGUUUGUCUCUGGAUGGCAGAAUGGGGGCGGCUGGUCGACGAUGGGAUUGAGCGUGAUGAUUGGCCAGAUUUCCGCCAUCUAUGGCUCGCUGAGCUCCGAUGCGUGCGCUCACAUGUCCGAAGAAGUCAAGGACGCCGGACGAUACGUCCCCGUCGCCAUUGCCUGGGGCUAUUUCAGCAACGGGAUCAUGGCCGUAAUCUUGCUCGUUACCUUCCUCUUCUCACUCCCGUCAGUGGAGGAUGCCUUGAACGAUAAUACCGGGUUCCCCUUCAUCUACGCCUUCAAGAACGCAACCUCGAUGGCAGGUGUAAACGGCCUAACCUCGAUCAUUCUUCUGCCCGUCAUUUUCAGCAACAUUCUCUUCAACGCGUCAACCUCCCGGCAAACCUUUGCCUUUGCCCGUGACAAGGGCCUACCAUUUUCUCGCUUCAUCAGCAAGGUCGAUCCAAAGCGUCACAUUCCCGUGAAUGCCAUCGCUCUAUCCUGUAUCUUAAGUUGCGCGCUCUCGCUGAUUAACAUUGGGUCCCAGACGGCUUUCAAUGCUAUCAUCUCGUUGAACGUGGCCGCCCUGAUGUAUACCUAUAUCAUUUCGAUCAGCUGCGUUAUCUACAAGAAGAUCUGGAACCCGGAUAGUCUUCCAGCUCGACAGUGGGAUAUGGGACGUUGGGGACUACCUGUUAACAUCAUUGCCCUGAUCUAUUCCUGCUUCGCUCUGUUCUGGUCACUCUGGCCGAGCGAGAGCAGUAUCACGGUGGAUAACUUUAACUGGAGCGUUGUCAUUUUUGGAGGAGUGUUGUUGCUCAGCCUCUUCAUGUAUGCGGUCAAAGGCCGGAAAGAGUAUGAUGGACCGGCAGUCAUCGUACAGCAUGGAUAA